CUGAAAUCUUGAACAGCAGAUCUGAUAGGUCACCAUUAAUCUAUUGAUUACUAAACUCCUUUAUCGCUGAGUAUAUUCUGAUUAUAUAUAAAAAUCUGAAAGAUAAUUAUAAAUGUUUUGAGUUUGUCUAUAGUUCGACAUAUUUUUUGAAAUUAAUACAAUGUCUAAAACGAUUAUUACUUUAAUUUUCGUGUGCUGCAUUGUAGCACAUGUCCAAUGCAAAACAUUUAUAGAGUGUCUAGAUACUGAUAAUAAAGGAGUCCUGACCUUUGACGAACAAAUAUCAUCAAGUUCUCAUGGGAUUAUCAGUGAACAAAUUCCAGCAGGGAUGUUUAAAUCACAAAUUACGUGUAUAGUGAUAUACUUCGAUAAUAAUAUCACACCGGUGUUAACUCAAGGAGGAGUUGGAGCUAGGUAUGUAGGACUUCGUCUUGAUUUUUCUUCUGUGCUACAAUCAACCUAUAGAGUUCAAAUUUAUACUUCAGAACCAGAAGAUUACAUUCCAAAAUAAUCUAAUAAGAAAUUGUCACAUUUAAUUUACUGUUUUAAAAUCUAUCAUUUUGAAAUUAAUAAACUCUGAAAUGUU